UAUUUUUAAUUUAUUUUGGGAAAACAAGCAACAAAAGAGAGAGAAAAAAAACCCACCUUUUGAGGAGCCUUUGGAAAAUCGAAAAUUUAUCACAGAGCCAAAUUACAUGACUCAGCUUGUGUAGCUUGUCGCAAACUAACUCGUCUUUCGGCAUUCAAAAUUAGCGUCGGGGUGUAGCGGAACACAAGUGGCUUAGGUGUGCUGGGAUGGGGUUUUCACUGAAGCUCAAAACCAAAUCGGGCCAGCAGCAUAUUGUGAGCAAGCUGGCAGAGACAACGACCGUCGGUGACCUUAAGACGCGUAUCACCGAGCUUACCAACAUUCCGGGCGACGCACUGCACGUCGUGCUUGGCUUUCCCCCGUUCAAACCGGUCGACUUUUCCAACGAAGCCAGCCAGGUGCUGGCGUCGGGCAUAAGCAAUGGGGAUACGCUAAUCGUGGAGGAAAAGUCGCUGACGGAGGAAGAGCGCAAGCAGCUGGAAGCGACAAAGCGGUUGGAGCAGGACGAGAAGCUAGCAAAGGAGCUGGCCGCCCAGGGCACGGAAAGCAGCGGUAUCCUGCUGAAGAAGGUGGUCCCGUCGGACAAUUCGUGCCUUUUCACGAGCAUAGGGUACGUUAUCACGGGAAAGGUUGACCCGGAAAGCAGUCAGUACAUGAGGCAAAUCAUUGCGAGUACGGUGAAUGGAGACAAGCAUGAGUACAACGAAGGCAUCCUAGGGCGUCCCAACGAUGAGUACUGUGCCUGGAUACUGCAGCCCGAAUCGUGGGGCGGCGCAAUCGAAGUGUCCAUCCUGACCGCGUACUACGGUCUGGAGUUUGACGUGGUCGACAUCACGAACGCCAUCAUCAAUCGGUUCGGUGAAGACAAAAACUACGGCAUGCGUGCAUUCCUUCUGUUCGAUGGCAUUCACUACGAUCCUCUGUACCUGGAGUCAACGAAUGGAGAACCACCAAAGACGAUUUUCCCGAUCGAAGACCAAUCAGUGUACCUGCAAGCGGAGCAACUAGCCAAGGAAGCGAAAUCCGCACGCCAGUACACCGAUGUGAACAAGUUCACCCUCAAGUGCAUAGACUGCGACUGCUUCCUGAAGGGCCAAAUCGAGGCGCAACAGCACGCACAAAAGACGGGCCACCUUAACUUUGGCGAGGUUUAGCCACGGCGGGGAUCAACGGAUUUUGUUUCUUUGAUCCGUGCAACGGUAUCGCGUGCUGCUUUUGUGCAUCGUAGUAAACUCCCCAAACCUUCCUCCUUCCGACCAUCCAUCGUGUACACGUUUGUUUCGAAAUGGUAGAAUUGGGUUUGUCCCAUUUUUCUAGGCCUGUCGUUGCGGCACGCGACACGAUGCCUUCGUGGAUCCGCCGUAACGCCGCAGCACAUAACCCGCUCAGGUUUGGCAAAUGCUCAUCUUCUCUUUUAGCCUUGUUUGUUCGUUAGGUUUUGUUUUGUUUUGUAUUUAUGUUAACAAACGAUGAAUAAACAUCACGCAUCAGUUCGCAAACGUUUUUCUCACACACA